AUGAUUAGACAGUGUACCUGUACAGAAUUUGAAUCUUGUAAAGAAAAAGUCAUUCAUGCUACACCAAGAUGUGCAGAAAAAUGUCAGCAUCAUGUUGUAUCGCUUGGCGUUGAUUUCAAGGCAGUAAGACAAUGUGCAGUAGAAAAACAUGCAGAACUUGAAGCUACAUUUGACUGCAUGGAAAAAGCUAACCCAGAUGCAUGUGCUCAUGGAACACCAAAAAUGAUUCCGGAAAGAUACAAGUUAGGUAUCGAAUUAGCGUUGGUUAAAGAAUUCAAGAAGAUGGUAGAUGAAGCAAAAGUGGACACGAAUCUUUUGCCAGCAAUUGGGUUAGCUCGAAAGUAUAGCAAAUGUGUUCGUAAAUGCGUUGCCAAGAAUACCGAGGGCUGUUUUGAAGGAAGAGUUUGUUCCUAUGACUUACCAGAUGAUGAUACACUUGUUCAACAAGGCAAACAGUGCUCUAUUAAAUCAGGAUUUCUAACUGCUACAACGAUCCGAAGAUUAUGCGAUUGUGCCGUCGAUGCUGGUUUAAAACAAUUGGAGCCGACCUGUAAACUUAUUCCGCCAGAAUAA